AUGGCUUUGGACGUCAAGUCCUUUAUCCAAACUCAUCAACUCCAACGCCCAACCGUGAUAGGUCAUUCCAUGGGCGCGAAAACCGCAAUGACACUCGCUUUGGGCUCCCCGGAUCUCGUUUCCGACGUCGUCGCCGUCGAUAAUGGCCCGAUUGAACAGCCUCUUUCCCCAGAAUUCAAGAAAUACCUAGACGCAAUGGCAAAGAUUGAAAGCGCAGAUGUAUCAAAUCAUCUUGAAGCAGACAGAAUCCUCGCUGAAUCCGUAUCAGUCAGUACUCGUGUCUUGCUAAGAUGCCCUUUGAAAGUCGUAUUGACAGAACUCGAAUCUAGGAUGCUUCAAUACGUCCAUGGCUCUUAA